CCCGUCAUCACAAGCGGAAGCAGGGAUUGGCGACGGACGAUGACGUAAGAAGAUCCGUCUCCACGUCGCAGCAGCUCCAGGGAGGCGAAGGAAAACAUGGCGGAAACGGAGGAAAGGCAGGAUGGAGGAAAUAAACAGCUGGUGAGCGGUGGGAUAUGGACGGUAUAGAGCAUCAUAGAGGGGGGCCGGGGGGGUAAGACCGCUGUACUCUGCUUGCAGGGAUGGGCAGACCAGGCUGUGUGACUUAGGGUGGGGAUGCAUUGACACAUGGGGUAAUAACUCAGCAGGUAGAGGCUAUCUCGCUUUAUUACAUACUAACUCCCAUUCCCACCCUCCAGUUUUCAGGGCUGUCAGAUGUUUCCAUAUCCGAAGACAUUCCAGUGGAAGGAGAUAUCACCAUCCCAAUUGCCUCUCAGUCCCAGGAGGAGGAUUAUUCCACACUGGAUGAACCUGUCAAGGACACAAUUGUAAGAAGGAUAAAGCCAACUAUUUAUGUCUCCUAAUAGAAAGCAUGUUCUGUCCAUAGCUCUCUACCGCUUGUAUUUGUCUGUGUAUAUUGUACGUUUCAACACUAACUGUACAGCGCUGCGGAAUCUGUUGGCGCUUUAUAAAUAGCAGUAAUAAUAAUAAUAAUUAUAUAAUUUAUAAUAGGGUAUUUUUUUUUAUUUUGAUAGUCUAGCCCCUUUUUUAUGUAAGCAUUGUUCAGAUAAAAACUUUGUGAAGAUAUUUGUUGUUAACGAGGUUUGUGUGUGUGUGUGUGUACAUACAACGGCUCUUAGAAACUUUCUAACUGUAGCCUACACCCCACACAUCAUCAGUUACCUCCUAUUGUAUGUGUUAUAGUAAUGCAAUCAGAAGUAGUCAGUGAUUUUCAAUUUCAGUAUUCCGACACGUCCUUUAUGACUUUUUUUAUUUUCUUGGAAGAAUACUAUCACUUUACUAGGACUCUUUGUUUCUGAAGUGGUAACUGAACAUUGGUAAAUAUUUUUGAAUUGGCAUAAGUAUUUUAGGUAAAGUGUUUCUAUAUUAUGAUAUAACAUUAAACCUUCCAUUUUUAUGUCAAUUUUUCUUUUAUUUUGAGGUAAAAGAUAUCACAGGAAGUCAAACAUUUAUGCAUUGUAAAAUAAGGUUCAUCAAGCAUACAUUCAGUACUUAAAGGAACACUAUAGUCACCUAUAUUACUUUAGCUAAAUAAAGCAGUUUUAGUUUAUAGAUCAUUCCCCUGCAAUUUCACUGUCAUUUAGGAGUUAAAUCACUUUUUCUGUUUAUGCAGCCUUAGCCACAACAUCCCCUGGCUAUGAUUGACAGAGCCUGCAUGAAAAAAAAAAAACUGGUUUCACUGUCAAACAGAUGUAAUUUACCUUAAAUAAUUGUAUCUCAAUCUCUAAAUUGAACGUUAAUCAAAUACAGGAGGCUCUUGCAGGGUCUAGCAAGCUAUUAACCUAGCAGGGCAUAAGAAAAUCUUAAUUAAAGAAAAUAGGGCUCUCUUUACAGGAAGUGUUUAUGGAAGGCUGUGCAAGUCACAUGCAGGGAGGUGUGACUAGGUUUCAUAAACCAAGGGAUUUAACUCCUAAAUGGCAGAGAAUUGAGCAGUGGCAUGUUCUAUACACCAAAACUGCUUCAUUAAGCUAAAGUUGUUCAGGUGUCUCUUCAAGCUGUUUUUUAAAACUUUCAAUCUGUUAGAACAUUCUAAGCAUUUAGACAUAAUUACAUAUAUAAAAGAAAAGUCGAUUCAUUGCUUCCCUAUAAGAAGCAUUUAUUUGGACAAGCAUGGCACUCACUGCAUAUGUCAUUGUCAACCACAAUGCUUCUCUAUGAAGUGCAUUGGUUGGGUGAGAAGACAAGGAAGUGACACCUGCCAGAUUACUUUGACUCAAGACAAGCAGUGAGUCUUGAUGUUGUAAAAAGGUAAUUAAAAACCUUUUUUUCCCCUUUCAUUUUCAUUUAGUAUAAAGCUAUAGUGUUAGGAAUACAUGUUUGUUCAUUUUUAAACAAAAACAAAUAAUGCCAGUGUAGCUAGUACUAUUAUUGUUAUCGUCAUUUAUAUAGCGCCAACAUAUUCCGUAGCGCUUUACAAUAUUAUGAGAGGGGGGAUUUAACUAUAAAUAGGACAAUUACAAGAAAACUUACAGGAACGAUAGGUUGAAUAGGACCCUGCUCAAACAAGCAUACAGUCUAUUCAGCUUAAUAUAAGGGUAGGUAUAGUAGAUGCAGCACUAUGUAGAUUUUAGAGACUGCAGAUUAUUAGGUCAAUUAAAAUAAAGAAAAAUAAUUAAAUGGACUCUUGUCACCAAAACAACUUUAGUUUAAUGAAGCAAUUGGGUGUACAGAUCAUGACCCUGCAGUCUCACUGCUAAAUUCGGUGCCCUUUAGAAGUUAAAUUGCUUUGUUUAUGAAGCCCUAGUCAUACCUCCCUGCGUGAGACUUGCACAGCCUUUAUGAAAAUAAAUAGUUUCACUUUUAAUCAGAUGUUAACUUACUUCAGAAGUUUGUAUAUCAUGCUCUGUUAAUUUAACUUUAAUCACACACAGGAGGAUACUGCAGAAAGCUAUUAACAUGGCAGGAGAUAAUUUCUAAUUUGAACAGGCUGUGCUAUAAAUUAAGUUUCAACAUUAGGUCUUACGUUACAGAAAGUGUUUAGGAAUGCUGUGCAAGUCAUUUUCAGAGAGGUGUGACUAGGGCUGCAUAAACAACAUAAUUUAACUCCUAUAUGGCAGAAAAGUGCAGGGGCAUGAACUGUACAUAAAAACAGCUUCAUUAAGGUAAAGUAGUUUUUGUGACUAUAAUGUAUCUAUAGUGUAAUUAAGAAAACUGAAUUAGCUGCUUAUUAGGAAUUACAAAAGUAAAAAUGUAAUAGUCCACACGCUAUUAUUAAAAAUGUCAACAUGACAAUAUUUAUGUUGUUAAUCAUGGAUGCUUAUCUCCUACAUUUUAGAUGCGAGACCUAAGGGCUGUUGGAAAUAAAUUUCUUCAUGUUAUGUAUCCCAAAAAAAGCACGGCACUGCUCAGAGACUGUAAGUAUGUAGAACAAUGCAUUUGAUGUAUCGUAUUAUACAGUUGGCAUUUGAAAUGAUUAGUCUGUUUUUAAAAACAAAAAAGCUAACUUUUUAUUGAAUGUUACUCCUAUUUUAAGGUAUCCAUGGGUGCACUGCUCAGUGAUUCUGAUUGCUGCUGGCGGCAGACUCUUCCCUCACCAAGAUGAGAUCCUCCCAUCAGGAGAGUCUCAUUGUGGUCUGUGGUGACUGAUCUUAUCCUGUAAAUGCUUGUCUGCCAUGUGUUUAUGGGGUAAAUCGUACAUCUCCAAAGUGCAAUUCCAAUCAUUGCAUAUGAUGAUUGGAACUGUUUAAGUCUACUGCAGAUGCUAUCAACCUAAUUCACUUUUCCAUGCAUGCAUAUUCUAAAGCUCAUCUCUCUCAAGAGAGGAGAGAUUGACACUUCCCUAAUGCCGCAUGAAAGGUAGGUGCAAAAUUAAAGGAACUCUAAAAUGUUAGGGAUAAAAACCUGUAUUCCUAAUGCUUAAGUGUCAUUUUCCUUAUUUAUAGAGGUGUCAUCUCUGUGUGUGCUAUAAAAAAACCUUGCAACUUCAGGUCCCCCUCUGGAGCUGCUUAUGACUGCAGCCUUGGCAAGGACUACCCUUCCCUUGCUUUCCAGAAGAGACUUUCAAUCUCUUAGUGGAGAAAUAACCAUCCAGAUGCUUCUCAUUUGGAGACCUCAGAGUCUGUCCCUCUGUGCGCAUGUGUGUAUUCUCGCAUACACGCACAUCUACAGCAUUCAAGAAGAACGCUAUUCUGAUGUGAAAUCUGUAAGGAGGAUUUGGGGAGAAGGCAGGUAUGUUAUAGUAGAAAGAAACUAACAGAAGGAAGAAGAAGCCUGUUGUUUCAUAAUUGUUUUAUAAAAGUGAAGAUUUCUCAUAGAAAUCAGCACUUUUAUAAGCUGGAAUAUAAGUAAGAUACUCUUCACCCAGCAAAGUGAAGUGUGUUAUGGGUGUGUAGUGGUCCUGUAAUUGUUCAAGGUAACAAUUUACGUUUUUAUAAAAACCUCAACGUUUUACUUUAAACUGUUAAACUGACAAGACCACUGCACCCAAGCCACUUCAUGGAGAUAAAGUGGCCUGGGAGACUUUGAUGCUGUAAUUAAGUGUUUAGAGCUGCUUGAUUGAAAACCCUGGUGGCUUUCUUUUCACAUUAGUUUUCAUGAACCCUUUUAAAAAAAAAAAACAAAAAAAAAAAAACACCUAUAUUUUAAACAAAAAUAUAUUAGUCCUAAAACAAUUAUAUGGGGUAGAGUAAGUGAAAGAACAAUAUUAAAGGGAGAGGUAAUUCAAUCGUUAAAUACAUACAUUUAAAUGAUCAAAUGUUUACAUAAAUGAGAUACAGAGUAUGAUAAAAUACAAAACCAAAAUAACAGUUGCCAAAAUAGUACGGAGUGUGUGAAAUUAUUUUUGCUUUAUAUUGCUUUGCGAAUUGUCCAAAUGAAACCUUAAUAGUCUAUGGGGAUGGUUGCUUCAAUGCCAAUUCAUGCCUUUUUUAUUAUAGAGUGUUAAAAGUAACACUUCCUUCAUAGAUGGGAUGGUGAGUGCCUUCCGUUAACAACGUAUGAUGGACGUUGCCGCUAUAAGACUGUGGCCUGUCAUGAUCUUAUCGGUUUUACUCGUUGUUUUGGGGAAUUUCUUAAUCCUAGUUCUGGUGAAAAUGUGACAGUAGACCAGUUAGUCUAUUUAAUUAGCAGACGGAUUCCCUUCCAAAAAGUUUGACGCUUCCCACAUUGCCACCAUAUGUGAGACAAGUUUCCCGAAUGGGCUUUUAUAGCAGAAGCGGUAAUUUUUACAAAGACACGUGUGGGCUCAAGAUGCUCCAAGGACCAUACACUUUGUAGUAAUACAAAGUGCUUAUGGUGCUUAGCCUUUAAUGGAACACCCAACACACCUAAAGAAGGUGUGCUCCUUUAAUUUUAGAAAAACUGUAGAUUAUAAUAAAAAUUAGGUCAUCACGUUCCAUGGAAAAUCCGAAAUAGAAAAAAAGCUUGCAACUCUAAUUGUCAUCUGUUCAUGUCAUUCAAGUUUAACCACACCUCAGUGUGAAAUGCAUGUAAGAACCAUUUCCAAAAUAUAGAAUAUUUUACAAUUUGCACAUUUUUAAAUUACCUUGUUACACCUCCCUUGCAGUCAGUCAGACAACCGGUCCUGUUUCUUCCUUGCUCAGCACAGUGCAGCUAACUCAAGAAGUAGAAGUUGCCUAGAGCACCUGCCUUGCAAAACCCUCUCAUUGAGCUGCAUUUGGGAAGUCUGUGAUUAGACAGCCACAGAAAGUCUGGGCUGGGGAAAAAGUGGAGGGCUUGUAACUGCUGCAGACAAGAAAUCUGCAGCUUUUUGCAAGCAUGUUUUCAUUAAGGUGCAUAUUUGCAAAAUUGUUAAUAAUAUAUAUAUAUAAAAAAUUUUUCUGUUUUUUUUUUUUAUGGUGUGUUCCAUUAACAUUUAUUAACUGCAGGGGUUCCUAUUUCUGUGCAGUAGAGCAGUAGCACACGGACCUUAAGGCUGCAAUAGGUUGAAUGCAGUCCUCCGAUAUGUAUCUUUUAAAUUAAGUGCUGUCAAUUGCCAUAACUGUCUCGAGGUUUUUAAAACUAAUAUUAAAAAAAAUAGUCAAUAUAGCUAGAUGCACAUACUAUACUAUACAUGUUGCAUGCUUCUCUACUAAAUGUGGCUUUUUUAUAUUUGAAGAAAAAAAACCUGUAACAGGGUUAUUCUGAUUAAAGGGACACUCCAGGCACCCAGACCACUUCUGCCCAUUGGAGUGGUCUGAGUGCCAAAUCCCACUACACUUAACCCUGCAAGUGUAAUUAUUGCAGUUUUUUAUAAACUGCAAUAAUUACAUUGCAGGGUUAACUCCUCCUCUAGUGUCUACUAGACAGCCACUAGAGGGCACUUCCUGCUCCAUAGUACAGGUUUUCUGUGCUAGAGCGUCGCUGGACGUCCUCACACUGUGUGAGGACCUCCAGUGUCGCUCAAUUUCCCAUAGGAAAGCAUUGAAAAGCAUUUUCAAUGCUUUCCUAUGGAGAGCUCUAAUGCGCAUGCGCGGCAUCUCCCCGGUGGGCGGGAUCAGUCUAGCUCACCAGCCGACGUAAUGCAGAGGAGGAGGAGAGGCGGCGACCCAAAACCACUGCCGAGGGACAUCGGCGGGGGUCUCAGGUAAGUCACUGAAGGGGUUUUUCGCCCCUUCAGCAACUGGGGAUUGGGAGGUGGCAGGGAGAGGGGACCUGCAGUGCCAGGAAAACGGAUUGUUUUCCUGGCACUGGAGUUUCCUUUUAACUCCUAAUGUACUUUAAUUAAAUCUGAAUGGGGGAAAAACUGUGGCAUAUAUAGUUGAUCUGGAGAAAUUCCUCCACUCAGCCAUAGCCGCAAUGUGACCUAUGUUCUGAGACUGUAUAUUUACAUGUCUCGAGUGGCUAUGCCUCACUGAAAAUGUCUAGUACUUUGCUGCAUGGACAGGUGGUGCAACAAAGUGGAUCCUUGCCACUAGAAAAAAUGCAUUACAAGGAUGUAUGAAUUCUCAGUAAAAUUAUCACUGAUUCCUGGUUCAUUUAGAAAAUCGGUGACCUCAGAGAAUGAUGGAGCAAUGAGUAAGAUAAGUGUUUUAUCCAAAAUUUGUGCCAACUCACGGAAGUGAAGGUUAAUAUUUUGCUCUAUUAUAAAUCAUUACUCUGCAUCAAGAAAGUAAACCACAGCACUUUUAUAUGAUUAAAAGUUAAUCAGUACAUAUAAAGAAACAUCUUUUGUUUAUACCAGUAUUUUGCUUUAUGCUAUGCUUUGGCCAUGAAUUCUGGAGACUUUCAAUCUUGUAGCUGUUUUUCAACCCUGGUAACCACAGUCUCAUGAAAAUAUAUUAAAUGACUUCUGACUUAAUAAGACAAUCCAUUUGAAUGCUUUCAAGCUAUGCCGGAACUGAAAAAGGAAGCGAUAUCAUCAGUUGAAUGGAAAUACAACAUAGUUCUACAAUUCACAACCAAUGAAUAUUGUUACUUGCGUUCACAUAAGGUUAAAUGGAAAUGUCACUGUUUAGUUUGUGAAGUGCACCACAAGGAGAAAUGUCAAAUAAUUCCAGUGAUUACAUAUUUGUUUUAGAGUCUGAAUAUCUAAUAAUGCUUUGCUCUGUUGAUUUAUUGGAAAAAGCUAAGCUGAAUUAGGCUGUACAUUUAGUGUGGUUUGAGGAUUGUUACAUUGCAGAGGUUAAUUUUCACAUUUUUCAGAUAGGCCAACUGUUCAGAAUCACGUUUGCUGCUGUGCAUGCUCUCACGCGUUAAAGUGCCUGCCACAUUUGGCAUAAUACAAUUCUUUAGCAAAGACUGGCUGUAUAUUUUAUCAAUAUAUACCAGGUUCCACAAGGACACUUCUAGUUAUAUAAAUGAUACAUUAUAAAGUUGAUGGGGUGGGGGAGGAAUAUUAAGAUGCUAUCCAUUGAAGGUUGUGGUUUUGCAGCUUAUUCAGUGAGCUCUCCUCAGAAGUGUCUGAAAUCUCUCAGCCCCAGUCCUUAGACUCGCUUUAUAUUCAUUGAGUGCAAUACUCAGUAAGAUAAUAAAGGAUACUUUAAUGUUAAAAGUUUAUAUUUUGUUCGUAUAACCCUCCAAAUGGCAGAAAUCUCAUUACCGCUUUUAUUUCGAGGGGCAAGUCCUCUCUGUCUGCUGUGACACUCUCCCAUACCUGUCUGGAGAAAAUUGCCACAUACACGGCAAUUGCUGUGAAUGGCUAAAAGAAUGCUCUUUGUAGAGAAGCAUUGACAAAUGAUAGUUCUUCACUUCUGCUUGAACUGUUCAGGCAGACUGAAUUGGGAAGUUCUUCAGGGUGUCAGCUUGACUGCCAGAGGUUGUUUCCAAACUUGUCCAAAUCAAUUCAUAAAAAUGCAAGCUCAAGUGCUUUAAGGGGGCAGUGUCCCUUUAUGUUGCCCUCUAACUAAUUGUUACAUAAUGCACAUGAUCUGUAAUCUUAUCACUUGAGAUGAACUGGAUUCAGCAUCUUCUUUCUCAUGAGUUCAGUUAUCUGAAUUGACAAGAGGCAAUGCUAUUAUAUCUACUGGAAGAUAUUGCAUUUGUCUCAAUUUCUAACAUUCAUAUUCUUAUCUUUAACAGGGGAUUUAUGGGGCCCUCUUGUGCUGUGUGUGACACUUGCUUUGUAAGUAUCUGACUUUAUGGUUUUCAGUGUUUAAUACACUUAGAUCUGAUCGUCAAGCUAGAUUGCAUGGGAGUUUUUGUGGUUCAUGUAAUAACGUUUAGUAAUACUGGUAAUUAUUGUUACUUGUGGUGUGUUUGUAUGUUUUGUUUUAAGUGUAGACAGGAUAAAUUUCUGUAUGUAUCUGAUUUUUAAAGUCCAACUGCCUGUCACUUUUGACAAAUGAUCACAGCAUAAAAGUAAAAAAAAAAAAAAAAAAUAGCUAAAAAUAACUAUUACUGGCAAGAACGGAGGGGGUAAAUGUGUUUAUGCAUUUUCUGGCAUAAAGAAAAUUGGUACUGUUUCACAGUAUCGUUUAGUAGUUCACAAACACUCCAUAUGUACACUAGUGAAUUUAUAAUAAUAAAUAAGCCCAUAUGCACAGAAACGAUUUACAGGUACACUGGUGUGUCUUCUACAACCACAAAUAUUGCAUGUAUAGCUCACUUAGAUUGUGUGAUGUGGAAACUAACUUGCUUGAAGAAGAGAGUUUUAGAUACGUAUAUAUUGUAAUCUAUAUGCUAGCUCUUGGUUUAUCAUCUUAUGGUAUAUAUUGAAAUGUUCUACAUAAUUGUCUAGGUUGAAAAAAGACUAAAGUCCAUCAAGUUCAUACCUACUGGAACCUUACACUGUCAAUGACACAAUUUGCCAGAGUAGACCUGCCAAGUGGAUGACAAGUUUCCAUUAUUUAUGCAUUAUAAUUAGAGAUAUACAAUGUGCUUCCCAAUUCAUUUGCAAAUAUAUUUAUUAAAUACCAUCUUUCCUGAAGUUUGCAUCUAACUCUAGACACUGUAAGAACAUGCUCACUCAGUGCACACAGCUGAACACUAGAGGGCAAUGCAUUGUUUCCUGAGCGUAUGCCACACACAUUCUGGAAGUGUGCAUGGAUGCACUUAAACUGGAACACAAGUGUAUUGGGUAUCAUUACACUGGCUAGGGAUUUGACUAGCACAGUGUAUUUAUCACAUUAAAGUGAAGUGAACUUAAAGGGAUCCUAUAAUGCCAUGAAAACAAAACUGUUUUCCUGGCACUAUAGGGUUAAUAGGUCCCCCCUCCCGAUGGGCUGAAGGGUUUAAAACCCCUUCAGCCACUUGCCUUAAUCCAGCGCCGGGCUCUCUUGGCGCUGGUGAUCUCUCCUCCCACUGCCGACAUCGGCUCCCAAGUGGAGCCGAAUGCGCAUGCGCGGCUAGAGGCGCGCACAUUAAAACCCGCCCAUAGGAAAGCAUUACUAACGGCUUUCCUAUGGGGAUCUGAAAUGAUGCUGGACUCUGUGAGGAUGUCAGCAUCAUUUCAGUGCGAUUUUUCUCACUGAGAAUCGCGGAAGCGGCCUCUAGUGGCUGUCAGGAAGACAGCCACUAGAGGCUGGAUUAAUCCUGCAAUGUGCUAUGUUUUCAGCUGAAGGGUUAAAACUAGGGGGCCCUGGCACUCAGACCACUUCAUUGAGCUGAAGUGGUCUGGGCUACUAGAGUGGUCCUUUAAUGGCCUUUCAUACAAAAUUGUUCAUGUUGAACAGGCAUUGGUUUGACUAUUUAUUGUGUUUUGUGUUGCAUAGGUUAACAUUUUAGCUGUCAACGUCCAUUGCCCAUCAUGGGUUUUAGUAUAUUGAUACUAGUUUGCUACUCAUUGCAACUUCUAUUGUUUGUCUCUCCCCCAGAAUGCUGCAGGGUAGCUAUGCAGACAGUAAGGAUAGUGGAGGACCACAGUUUGCUGAGGUCUUUGUAAUAAUAUGGUUUGGGGCUGUAGUCAUCACUUUGAAUUCCAAGUUGCUCGGAGGAAACAUGUAAGUACCAUUUAAUUACUUCACUUCCAAUAGAGGUUCCUGCAAGGAUAAAGUUGGUCUUUGUGGAUAACAAUCAGGAAUUUAUUAAGUAAUCAAGAACUGUAGUGAAUUAAAAAUCUAAUCACAAAUAUGCUAUUUUUGCUUAAAUGUUAAAAAAAAAAUAAAAAAAAAAUUUACUGUUGUGCAUCAUCCACUUAUCUCAAAUAGGAUUUUGGGUAACGUUCGCCAUUGUCACAUUAAUUCAGAGAAAUCAUAUUUCCACUAUUCCAAUUAAACUCCCUGCUUGAUAUGGAAAUGAACAAUUUUGCUGUUUGGUUUUCAAUUCACUACAAUUUGCUCUAUCGUAAUUAAAGCCUUCAGUUUGGGGGAUACCUACAAAACGUGCAUAUCUCUAUUGUUUAUAAAUAUUGCCACUUAAAAACUACAGUACAUUGCAUUAGAACUAUAUAUUAGUUUUGUAAGCGGUUUAGCAGUUUUCAAUGUUUAUAAGAAUAGUUUUCAUCCUACCAACAUUUGCACUGUUUUCUGUAAAUAGUCAUCUGUUCCCUGCGUAAGAUAAAAUACUUGGUUACUUUUUUUUUAAUUACCUGUGCAAGUAGUUCUGUUAAACGAUAAUCAGCAUUUUUAUGGGAUCUGCCUGUAGUUCUCCAAAGAUGUAUUGUCUGUAGUUGGUUCUAAAGAGAUGUUCUCCUUUUCCUCUUCAGCUCUUUCUUCCAGAGUCUGUGUGUACUGGGCUACUGCAUCCUGCCUCUUACAGUGGCAAUGCUAGUAUGCAGGUUACUUCUCCUGGCGAGUAUGAACACUGUGACUUUUAUAGUGCGCUUGGUCGUAGUGGCAGUCAUGUUUGCCUGGUCAACGCUUGGUAAGAAUCUUUGAAAAUUUUAAGACGCCUGCAAAGUUUCUAAUAAUUAUUUUUUUUAUUUUUUUUUCAGCAUUGAACAUCAUGUUAUUUGGUGAUAUUUCUUUGAAACUACUUUUUGUUUAAACAGCUUUAGUUAUUUGAUGACACUUUUACUACUUAACAGCCCAUUAUGUAACUGUAUGUCUCGGAUUACAAUUUAAAAAAGUGAUCGUAAGAGCCACACUCAAUCCCAGCAGCCACCCGCUGCUCUGGAGCAGGACCAGCAAUCCCACAACGAUAAGGCAACACAAUAAAUUCUCCAGGUUUUUCAAGGUGUUGAAGCCGCAGGCAGUUUUUAUGGUACAAAAAGGUUCAGCAACGUUUCGACUUGCUGAGAGGUCUUUUUCAAGCUUUAAAAAAAAAAUAUAUUUUUCAUUUUAACUGCCUGCGGCUAUAACACCUUGAGUGCCUGGAGAAUUUCUUGUGUUGGAUUACAAUUUAGUGAAGACCUGAGAGAAACUAGUCACCUUUAACUAAACACCUUGCACGGCACAUGUAACAUGGUUUCUGCAUGUGCAGUUUUGUGGGAAUGCUUCAGUGGUGAGGCAGUCUAGGAACAGGCAAUCGUUUGCUGUAUAAUUGUUAUGAACAUCAAUCAAAGAGAUCAGGAGGCUUAAAACAAGUCCUUGUUUCUUGUCAUUUGCUCUCAGAUUCUGAAAAAAGGGGAGGAGAAAGUACUAUUUAGCAUUCCAUAAUAGCUCUUUGAUUAACUUUAAUAAAUCACCUUUUUUACAUGUAUUUAUUGGACAUCACAUGCUUUGAAUUGAAUUUGUCCAACAGUUGGGCUUUUCUUACUCAUUCCUCCCCUCCCACCUUUAAAAAAAAAAAAAAAAAUACAGGCUUCUGUCCAUGUAACCUCAGUAUUAAAAGCUUCAAUAUGGCAAUUCAAUAAAAAAAUAAUAAUAAAUUGUUCUUGCCAAGACAUGUAUAACUAUUAUUUAUUUAUUUUUAUUUUCAGCAUCCACUGCCUUUUUAGCAGACAGUCAGCCACCUAACCGCAGAGCCCUGGCUGUGUAUCCUAUAUUUCUCUUCUAUUUUGUCAUAAGCUGGAUGAUUCUGACCUUCAACCCCAGUUCUUGAGUGAUGACAUCUGGUGGAGUUUUAAGAGAACCAUUGUGAAUAUGGACAGGUGUAAAGCUACCAAAGGCCUGUAGAAUUACUCUGCACCUGUCUCUGGAAGAACCAAAACAGUGAUACAAAAUGCCAUUGAUAGAAGAUGCUGUGUGCAGGAGCCUAAGCAGCUGUUCAAUUUUUCAUUAUGUAUAUAGUCCGCACUAAACAUCUGUAAUGCUUAUUUCCUCUCAACUCAUUUCUAGCAAUAAAAGGAAGGUUUAAUUUAAAAGGUGCAUCAACGUGGUUUCAGGCCAGCACCGGGGACUUGUAAAUAUCUGUACUGUAAGGUCAUAAAUAUUAAACUGUAUAAUAUUGGACCUACAAGGUAUCUUGCCCGUGUUGACUUUUUUUUUAAUUUUAUUAAGUUUGUAUAUCACAGGAUGCCUUUUAACAAUUUGUUUACCAAGUUCAAUGAACGAGUCAAAUGGUAGGUUGUAUUCAGAUUUGAGAGCAGAUCGUAUUAUUUUAUUUGUUUACCUUUGAGUAACUUGAAGUCCUAACAUUUGAAUUUGACAUGUACAUUGGAAGCUAUAACCGAUUUAGUACAGUUCUCAUAUGUAUUAGCUCAACGAUCUGAAGGGUAAGCAAUCGGGCAAGAAAGGUCCAAGGUAGAAACGAUAUUUUUUUCCAGUAUAAAAAUAGUUUGCUUUAAAGGAAGACCCACAAACGUGUCAGGACCACCACCAACUCUAGCACUUUUUGUACAGCAACCAAUAUUUAAUCAUAGACUAUGAGUACGGGUUACUGUACGAAACGCGUUAGUUGGUGGUGGUCCCGAAACAUGUACGUGGAUCUUCCUUUUCUGCAAAGUAUUUUUAUAAAUUUUGGAAUAAAUUAGAGUUUCUACCUUUGGUCUUUUGUUACCUUAUUGUUUACCUUUAAGACCAUUGAGUUGGCACUUAUGAGGAUUGUUUCAAUUGUACCUGCUGACUACAGAACAAGUGUUCCGGUCCAGUGCUUAUGAGCCCAGCAGUUUCACAAAACAUUGAAUUGUGUUAUGUGAUUUUGUCUGUCAGGAUGUGAGUGCAUUUUCUUUGAGAUUUCAGUACUGAUUAGUAGCACAAAUCGCAGUAGUGGUUAUGGUGCUGGGAGUGAAUCUCUGCCAGUAAAUAAUGUCCAGAGUUACACAAAAUAGAUAUUACUAAUACUGAAGUAUGAACUUCCAUUUUAGCAUACCAGUGCAGAAUGGACCCAACAGAACUAGGUGUCAAAUUGUUUGUGAAUGAUUUGAUAGCAAGGGAUGGAGCCAGGAUUCUACUGACACGAUAAUCACUACAGCACCCUGAAGUGGAUAUGGUGAUUAGAGUGUGCCGAUAAUUUUUAUUAUUAUUAUAGGGGCCUAUAUUUUGUACUUUAGCGUGGUGACCCAUUGUUCAGUAAAAUAAAAUCAGUAACUCAUUCUUUGAGUGUAAUAUAUUUCACAUAAAUAAAAUUUAGCAAAAUUACUGUUCAGUGUGAGAGGGAGUCUCCAUGGCACAAGCAAUGCCACUACAGUAUAAAAAAGAACCCAAACCCAUAUUUUAGUCAGUUGCAUGGGGGAUGAUGAAUAAUAUGCUUCAAAACUCACUGAAAUGGCAUGUGAAUAAACAUUUGGCUAGUCUUUUUUUGUGCUUUUCAUUUUGUAAAGUUAGAUGAACAUUUAAUGUUUGUGAUGAUAAGAAAAUGCACUUUAAAAUAAAAUUGUAUAUUUACCACCCCAGUUGGUAGUAUGUUUCUGGCCUUUAUACCAAGACAAUUCAUUUGUGGGAUGGGCCCCCAGUGUUUCGGAUUCCCGUAUUGUGUGAAUCAAGGUAGAUGGCCAAAAGGAAAAGCCAUCCCUUCUCUGAGUUUUUGUCCUGUCUAUAAAUAUAAUUAUUCUAAAUGUGGCAUGUAAUAUAUUAUCCAGGACAUACUAAAUUCUAAGCUCUAGGCAUGUGAAACAAAGCCUUGAUAGAUUUGAAAGCUUUGUAGCCAUGCACAAACCUUCCUAAAAUUGUAAUACAUAAUCUUUGUGUGUUUAAAACUGUUGCUUGGUAUUAUGGGCCAUCCUAAAUUACAACACAUUUUAAGAAGGUGAUCUCCUCCCAAGCUCCUCAUCGGUCAAAUACACAAAGAAACACACAAAUGUUAAAUUCUAUAUUUAUUAUAAUGAAAUGUUUGAAAUGAUUUCAAACAGCUCUCAUAACUGGUAAUUUUUAAAUUCUGUUUAACUGUUGCUAGCAGCUUAAAACAUUGUCUGUCAUUGGUCUUUUGUACAGACACACUAUGUGUGUGUGGAGUGCUAUGCUAUAGGUUACAUUGCUGCAAAAUGGGGACUCAUGUGUUUACUGCUUGUUACACAUUUCUUCAUAUUUCAAUAUUUUCAGAAAGAAAUAUGUACAGAAUUACCUAAUCUAAAAGUAAUUUUACAAACGUUAUGCAUUUUUGCAAUUUUAUGUUCUAUUCAAAAUGUGUAUUUAGCAAGCUAGCCUCUAGGGGGCAGUUAUGUACUUAAGUGUGCAUGACCUUACAGGACAAUAUGUUUUAAGCUAGGCAAUACGUAAAUGUUUUAUUUUUGAUUUAGGCAAUAUGGUGUUUAACUGACCGUAAUAUGUUUAUUGGCAUAUAUUAUUACACACUACUACUGCUGUUAAUUUGAUAAAUGUGCAGCUUGCUCUUCUGACUGGGGUAAGAAUGAUUUAUUAUGCAGGGGUUGCUGUGAUUUUAUUUUUUUGAUAACUGAUCUGUAUUAAAUUUAAAAGUUAAAAUGCAAUCUAUAUUUUUAAUUUAUUAAAGUUUUUUUUUCUUUCCAAA